AUGGGGCGUGACCGUGACAAGAAAGAGAAAGAGAGUAGGGGUAGUAAGGACAAGAAGGGUGAAGACAAAAAGAGCAAGAAAAAGGACAAAAAAGAAACGACGAAGUCGCUCAAGCUCAUCAUCCUCCAGUUCAGACGAAGCAGAGACUAUCCUUGCGAAUGCAGUGGCUUCAGCUUUUGGGUUGACUCUAAACGUGUAUUAGUUAUGGCCAAGGGUCGAGUCAAGGGUCGUUUGGUUUUGGUAGGCAAGAAGCCAAAGGCGCUCAUCCUGGGGUCGAAGGUGCAGAAAGUUGCGGAUCUGAAGGUGUACCAUGUGGCAUCAGUUUUGGGUCGACAACACGCAUCGCUGACUGAACAGUCAUUGAUGCUGCUGGGCGGUGAGUGGUUUCAUAUGAAGAAGCAUGCCCUAAGCUCCCUGAAGCUUUCGGAGCAAGAUCCCGAAACACUCAAGGUUCGUGUUACGCUAGCCUCAGAUUUGGCCAUUGCAGAGAAGAGAUGGAGGGAUCGACUUCUUGCCAUCCUAGAGAAAGGCAAGGUUCCCAAAUUGGGUUUGAACGAUGGUAAAAUGCUUCUGCUUUCAUUUCAUAGAAUUUCCAUGAAUUUCCUUCAAAAUGUGUUGCGCACUGCAUGGCAACUGUUCCAACCUGCAGUGGCCGGGAUGAAUGACAUGAGCGUCAUCGGGCAGCACAAUUCCAUCACCUCGAUUCGAAGGGCUGUGGCAAGCGAGAUUGAGCAGCGCAUGAACGACCCUGAGACCAAGCUCCAGUGGACAGUGGAGCUGAAGCAAAUGGUUACGGACUUCAAGAAGGAAGCCAAGAAGGACUUGGACAAGGAACCCUCCGGUCGCAGUCGCUCGUCUACUCGGGCACCUUCUUCGAGUGGAAAGCAGAAGAAGUCUUCUGGUGAUGAGUCAGACGGCAGCAAGACGUCCAAGGCAAGAGAUUCAGGACGCAUGAAAGUCUUCAAGCCCAGCAAGCACGACAAGGCGACAGUGAAGCUGGGUGAGCAGGAGGCAUAUCUCCGCCGCGUGGCAGAACGGCGAGAGCGGCGCAAUGCAAGUCCAGCUGAUAAUGAUGCUCCAGGGGAGUCUGAGGUUGUAGAGGACGAUCCAGCGGAGGCAUUUGAUGAGAAGCUUACACAGAUGCUGCGUGAUGUGCCUGAGCUCAUGACCGACGAGCCGAUUGCCGAGAUCAAGUGGUAUGAUGCAGUGAAUGAUGUGCGCAAUACGAUAGCUUCUAGGCAGAAGAUCGAGACUGUCGUGGAGAUCCAUGGGCAAGAACUUCCUUUCUGCUUGGAGCCUGACUUGGAGUUGGACAAGGUCUCUGAUAAGGAUACUCCAAACGAUCCAAGUGCCGCGACAACAAGUGAGCCACGGAAUUCCAGCAGCAGCUCUACUGCUACGGAGCAAGUGAAGAUGCUGCCACACACCUUCAAGUUCUUCCAGGUACCCCUUGCUGAUGGUGGCAAAUUGUCACUUGAAGCCAAUGACGACAAUGAGUUCCUCCUGUCUGACCUGAAGUUUGCAGCGAAGCUGCCUCAUGCUGAGCGGGUCAUUGCAGUGCCUGCAAGUCAUAUCGUUAUGGCCUUGCUGCGGUUGAGGACUUCUGGCUCAAAUGAGUGCAUCAAUGGGGCUUUUCACCUGCUCACAAAGAGUGUCUGUCACAGCUUUGCACAGACAGCAGAGCGCUCAAUAGAACAGAAGCUCCUUUCUGAGUGUCCAGAUCCAUGCGUUUUGGCCCGGGUUCAUCCAUUUAUGAAGAGGGCGACAACCAGGGGAAACAAGAGCCUUCAAAUGAGCUUGGUUUCCAGGUGGGUGUCUCGUGGCGGAGGAUACGUGUCUUUGAAGGACACCAACCUCGAGAAAUUGAACAUCGUGGGUAAGCGCUCGACACUAGCAAGUCGCACAGCCGCAGAGUACACAGCAAGGAUUUUGGUGAAAUCCGCGGAGUGCAUGGAGGAGUCGGUGGAGAAAUCCAAAGUUGUGAACUUCUGCUUUGACGCUGCAAGGGUGGCCGAAGAACAGGUACUGAGUGUGAUCUUCAGGGCGUGUGGCAAGCAGUUUGCUGGUGCAACUCAGCUUCUACCAUCGGGCUUGGGUGUGGACGAGUCUGCCUGUGCUAUGGAGAGGUUUGCUGAGGCAGCCAAAGUCCAAAUGGGACAGACUGCAGGCCCUGUGAAGUUGCCUUGCAAGAGCUUUGACUGGCGUGAAUUCCGCUUGCCAACCAAACAGUUGCUCAUGGCUGUGGCGAACGCUUUGCAAGUAUCGUUGCACAAUGGGUUUUCCUUCAAAAGUUGCAGGCCUCGAACCCUACUAGUGCCACGUAGCCACGAGGCAGACAGGUUUGCUCUGCUGGACACAGAGAAGCAAGCGCUGGGGCUGGGCAAGUGGCCCGCAGAUGCCAAGCUUUCCUUUGUGUACCACUAUGGUACGCAAAGGCGGUGGCUGGACUUUAUGCCCCAUGAUGACCAGCCAUACAAACUCAUUUUCAGCGCAGAUGAGGGAACUGAGGACAGGGGGACACACAUGCAGCAGCGUCAACAGUCACCAGCCAUCACCUUCUUAGCUCCAAAUUUCUGGAGUGAGUCUAGAGUCUAG